AUGUCUAUCACAAAAAACACCGUAGACUCACUCCCUGCGCCUAACCCUCAGGCUCUCAUCCAAGCUGAGAGAGCCGCCAGCAAGUUCGACCCUGUCAAGAUGCAUCACUUCUUGGAGUCAUCUGAAGAGAAAGCUGAAGAGAUGAAGACAUUGCAACAGCAGCUCGAAAGAGAUCCAAUCUUGGCCAACGAUGCCAGCUUCUACGAUAAGACUAAGACCGAGCAGAGAGAGUUGACUGCCGUGAGAAUUGCCCGUUUGGGCCAGUACUUGGAGGACAACGCCCAGUUCUCGGGUACCAGAGGCUCUCUUAUUGGAGUAUACGACCCCCAGGUUAACACCCGUAUCGGAGUCAACUUGGGUUUGUUCCUUGGAUGUGUGCGUGGUAACGGUACCGAUGCCCAGAUUGAUUACUGGACCAAUACCAAGGAAACAAAGAUCCUUAAACAUAUCUACGGAUGUUUCGGUAUGACCGAGUUGGCCCACGGCUCCAACGUGGCUGGCUUGGAGACCACCGCAACUUUCGAUAAGACGACCGAUGAAUUCAUCAUCAACACCCCACAUAUUGGUGCCACCAAGUGGUGGAUCGGUGGUGCUGCUCAUUCGGCCACCCACUGUUCUGUCUACGCCAGAUUGAUUGUGGACGGCGAGGACUAUGGUGUUAAGACCUUCGUGGUGCCUUUGAGAGACGCCAACCACAACUUGAUGCCUGGUGUGGCUGUGGGUGAUAUUGGUGCCAAGAUGGGUAGAGAUGGUAUCGACAAUGGAUGGAUCCAGUUCUCGUCCGUCAGAAUCCCAAGAUUCUACAUGUUGCAGAAAUACUGUAAGGUGACCGCCGACGGAGAGGUGACAUUGCCUCCAUUGGAGCAAUUGGCCUACUCGGCCUUGUUGGACGGCCGUGUGUCCAUGGUGAUGGACUCGUUCAGAUGGACUGCCAGAUUUGCCAUUAUCGCUCUCAGAUACGCUAUUGGCAGAAGACAGUUCAAGUCACAAUCUCAAAAGGAUGGUACCGAGACACAAUUGCUUAACUACCCAUUGCACCAGCGUAGAUUGUUGCCAUUGUUGGCCCAGGCUUACAUGUUCAGUCCUGGUUCCUACAAAUUGGAGCAGACCAUUCACGAGACUGUCAGCACCUUGGAGGCUGCAGUUGCUUCCAACGACAUGAAGAAAAUCAUGGGCUCCAUUGCCGGCAUGAAGUCUUUGUUUGUGGACUCUGCUGCCUUGAAGUCUACUGCCACUUGGUUGACUGCUGAUGCUAUUGACCAGGCCAGACAGUCUUGUGGUGGCCACGGUUACUCGUCCUACAACGGCUUCGGCAAGGCAUACAACGACUGGGUCGUUAUGUGUACUUGGGAGGGUGAUAACUCCGUGUUGGCCAUGUCCGUUGGUAAGCCAAUCAUCAAGGCUACCUCCGCCGUUUUGGAGAAGGGUACCAAGGCUGGUGGCUCUCUUUCGUUCUUGAACGACGCCAAGAAGUACAACAACACAGAAUAUGUUGUGGAGAAGGCUUCUGACUUGCUAGACUUCGACAAGGCCUUGAAGGCUAUUGAGGUGUUGAUCACCAGAAUUGCUAUCAAGGGAGCUGAAGUGGUGGCUGAGAACGAUGGUAACUUCGACUCUGUUGGAGCCCCAAGUUUGUCCAUCUCCAAGUUGAAGGCUCACCACUACUUCCUUGCGGAGUAUGUGAGAAGAGUCAAGGAGAACAAGGACACGGAAUUGAACCCAUUCUUGAAGACCAUUGCUCAGUUGUACGUUGCUUCUAAUGUUGUGGAGAAAUUCUCUGGUGACUUCUUGUCCUACAAUGUUGUGCCAUCUGUUGUUGUCAACGACAUCACCAAUAAGAUCAUUCCAAGCUUGUGUGCCGAAAUCAGACCUAAUGUUGUCGCUUACACCGACUCGUUCCAGUUCUCUGAUCUUUUGGUGAACUCGCAGAUUGGUAAAUAUGAUGGUAACAUCUACGAGAACUACUUCUCCACCGUGAAGCAGUUGAACCCACCAUUCAACCACAAGGCACCAUACUCUGCCGAAUUUGAGAGCUUCUUGGGUAGAAGUUCUUUGGAUACCAGACUCAGAGGCGAGAAGUCUAGCGAGACCGCAUCUAUUUUGUCUAACACCCUGCCUGGUCCUAAUCCGGCUGCACUGAUGGCUGAAGAAAGAUCGAAGGCUCAGUUUGAUCCUCAAGACAUGUACAAUGUUUUAGAAGGUACACCAGAUAAGGCCACCAAAAUCUUGGAACUCUAUCAGCUGUUAGAGAGAGAUCCUGUGCUUGCACCUUCAUUUAAAGAUUACGAAUUGUCCAGAGGUGAAAAUCGUGCUCAGACAGCACAGAGAAUUGGCAGAAUGACUCAGUACGUGGAGCUGGAGCCUUACGAUGACUUCUGGCGUCGUCUUAACUUGGUCACCAUGUACGACCCAUCGUUGGGAAUCAGAAUCGCUGUAAACUUGGGGCUUUUCAUUCAUUGCAUCAAGGGUAAUGGUACAGAGGCUCAAUUCAAGUAUUGGUGCCUUGACAAGGAGGCCAAGUACAUGAAGCAGAUCUGGGGCUGUUUCGGAAUGACCGAAUUGGGCCAUGGCUCCAAUGCUGCUGGAGUGGAGACCACUGCUACCUUCGAUAAAAAGUCCGAUGAGUUCAUUAUCAAUACGCCUCACAUUGGUGCCACCAAGUGGUGGAUCGGUGGUGCUGCUCAUUCGGCCACCCACUCUUCUAUUUAUGCCAGAUUGAUUGUGGAUGGCAAGGACUAUGGUGUUAAAACGUUUGUCGUGCCUUUGAGAGAUUCCAACCAUAACUUGAUGCCUGGUGUGAGCAUUGGAGACAUCGGAUCAAAGAUGGGCCGUGAGGGUGUGGAUAAUGGCUGGAUCCAGUUCUCCAGUGUCCGUAUUCCACGUUUCUUUAUGCUCCAGAAAUUCUGUCAGGUUUCUCGUGAGGGUAAGGUGAAUUUACCUCCAUUGGAGCAAUUGAGUUACAUUUCGCUUUUGCAAGGCCGUGUGGGUAUGGCAUCUGACUCAUACAGAAUCUGUGCUCGAUUCACCACCAUUGCCAUCAGAUACGCAGUGGGAAGACGUCAAUUCAAGGGUGAUGCCAUCAGGGCCCCAGGUGAGACGCAAUUGAUCAACUACCCAUUGCACCAACGUCGGUUGAUGCCAUAUUUGGCCAUGACAUAUGCUGCAGCCAUUGGAACAGACCGUUUAGAGAGACAGCAUGAUGAGGUGGUAAACAGUUUCGAUGAGGCCUUCGCCCGCAAGGACGAAAAGGGCAUUCAGAAGUCGUUGGUGGGCACCAAGUCGCUUUUCGUGGACUCUGCGGCCCUCAAAGCUACCUUGACAUGGUUGGCAGAACUCUGCAUCACUGAAACAAGACAAGCAUGUGGAGGUCUGGGCUACUCGGCCUACAGCGGUUUUGGAAAGGCCUACGACGACUGGGUGGUUCAAUGUACGUGGGAAGGAGACAACAACGUAUUGGGAAUUUCUGCUGGCAGAACAUUGAUGAAGAACAUCCAGAGUGUGGUGGACAAGAACGUCAAGAUCCCAGGAACGUUGCUGUUUUUGAACAAUGCUAAAGAGCUCUCUGCCUCGGGGAUCUUGUUGAACGAUGUGACUGAUUUGUCGGCACCUCAUGUGCUCAGAGCUUUGGAGGCUUUAAUUGUCAAGGUUGGUUUGGCGGCGUUAGCUAAGGUCAAAUCUACCGGAAGCUGGGACGCUGUGUCUUAUGAAAAGGUACUUUUGGCCAAGUUGCGUUGUCACCACUACCUUUUGGAGCUGUUGAUAGGAGCCAUGGAGAAGUUGAGUAGACCUGAUCUCUUGUUUGCUUUGGCCAAGGUGCAGAAGUUGUACUACCUGAGUUCCAUUUUGGAUACAUUCUCUAAGGAGUUUGUUGGCCAUGAGGUGAUGAGCGCCAAGUUGAGUAUGGCCAUCAACUCGCAAUUAAUUCCAGAGUUGUGCCUUGAAGUUCGUGGCCAGGCUGUGCCAUUGACGGACUCGUUUCAGAUUCCUGAUGUUCUCUUGAAUUCAGCCAUUGGAGUUUACGAUGGAAACUUCUACGAGAACUACUACCGUGUGGUAAAGAACCACAACGAUCCCACCACGACAAAAGCUCCCUACUCGAGUGAGUUAGAGGCGGUGUUGAGACGCACUGCCGUAGUCGACAGAGAACGAGGCGAGAAGACCAGUGAGAGUGCUGGGAAGUUGAUGCAGUAA